AUGGUGUCUGAGUUGCUUACAGUGGACAAGAGGGAGUGGAGGAUUGAGGAGGUUGCGGCAUUGGUGUUUCCAGAUGAUUUGGCUUUGAUUCAGACUAUAUCAAUUAGUAGGUUUGGGUGUGUGGAUCAACGGAUUUGGCAUUACACAAAAAAUGGUUUAUAUUCAGUAAGGUCGGGGUACCAUGUUGCAAUGGAUAUGAUAAAAAAUGGGGAGCUUGUAAGGAAGGGCAGUGGAAUGUCGAGUAAUCCGGAUACAUUGAGAGGAGUUUGGAGGAGGAUUUGGUCUGUUAUGGUGCCACAUAAACUCCAGGUUUUUACUUGGAAGGCUUGCAGGAAUGCGUUAGUGGUUAGGCAUAAUCUUGAGCGGCGGCGGAUUAGGGUGGUCAAUAAAUGUGAUUUUUGCUUUUCUUUCAUUGUGAAUUCAACCGUGUUUUUUUUGUUUGGGACGUCCCUACAACUUAAUAUGGCAAGAUUGGGGGCCAAUGAUUUUCUUGAAGAAUGGCAGCAGAUUGUGCAGCGGACGAAAAAGGAGGUGGAUGCCGAGGCAUUGCUGCAACAUGUGGUGUUUGGGUUUUGGCGCAUUUGGAAAUGUCAGAAUGAGGUCGUGUUUAAAGGGGUUCGAACUUUACCCCAAGUGGCUGUUGAGUUGUGGCAGCGGCAUUUGGUAGAAUUUAGGGAUGCUAUGGGUGAUAUGGUGGGAGAGGGAGGGGAUGUUUUAAGGGUUAGGUUGUCUGGGGUGAGGAAUGAUUUAGGGGAUCACCGGGGGGAUGAGUUGGGAAUUGGGGAGGGCACGAGGGUCCUUCGAGAUUUUGCGGGGAUUCCGAAGCUAGCGAGAGGGGAAGGAGGGGGAUUCUUCGGGAAUGCAAUUAUGGCUGAGGUUGAGGCAGUCCGUAAGGGAUUGCAGGCGGUGGUGGGUAGUAAUGUGGGAACUAGUGCUAGGUUGGUGGUUGAGUCGGAUUCUAAGGGCUUGAUUCAGAUGCUCAAUAAAGCGGUUGUGGUUGAUGUGAUUCUUGAGAUUUAUCUCCUAGAUAUUUGGAGACUGGCAAGCUUUCAGUCGAUGAGGUUUUGCUUUACCCCUUGUCAUUGUAAUCAUGCAACUCAUUUGAUUGCGGUGUACGUUGUUAAGCAUGGUAGGAGAUUUGGCUAG